AUGUCAAAGUCCAAGAAUCAUACGAAUCAUAAUCAAAAUCGUAAAGCUCAUCGUAAUACUAUCAAAAAGCCAAAACGUUACAGGCACGAGUCCAUGCUUGGGAUGGAUUUGAAAUUCUUGAGAAACUAACGCUUUGUAAGGAAACAUAAUUAAAAACCUAAAGAGCAAUUAAAGAGCGCUGAGAAACGUAAAGCUCUUCGGGAAGCAAAAAAAUAA